AGGAUCGGGUGGGUGGAAAUAGACUGGAGACAGGGAGGGACGGCUUGGCGGGGGCUUGGCCGCAGGAAUGGACAGCGACGGAGAUUGAAAGUCCGCCGGGUGGAGCGUCUGUAGUCAGCCCGACCGUCCCCUCAGCCUUCUGCCCGCCGUCGCCCGGUCUCCUUCGCCAUCGUCGCACCCCCGCUCUUUAUCUUCUCCCUCUCUGCUGCCCGCCCAUCACGCGCACACACGCACCCCCAGCGCAGCCGCGGCUCGCCUGAGUCCCCCCGAUGUUGUAUCUCACAAAAGACCAGUUUCCAAUAUUCGUCCCUUUUGGCGUCAUCGGCUUCUACCGCUACCUCUGGUACAGCAUACGUAUCCUCGCCUCCUUCAUCUACAAGCCCGUGCCCCUCCCAGAAAACCCCACCUACAUCGCCUCGGACGAUGUCACCAUCAUCGUCCCCACCAUCGACGCCGGUGAGGAGUUCAAGGAGGCCGCCCACUCCUGGCUCGUCGGAAAGCCAAAGGAGAUCAUCAUCAUCACAGAGGAGAAGAUGCGCGGCCCCCUCCAGGACCUCGCAAACGCCGUCGACCCAGAGCGCAUCCGCGUCCUCACCGUCCCCUUCGCAAACAAGCGCCUUCAGAUGUCCCACGGCAUCAAGAACACCACCACCGACAUCAUCUUCUUCGCGGACGACGACGCAAUCUGGCCCCCCACCCUCCUUCCCUCCGUCCUCGCCUGCUUCGAGGACCAGAAGGUCGGCGGCGUCGGCACCUCCCAGCGCGUACAGCCCGUCGGCGCCCGCAUGACCGUCUGGGAGGUCCUCGCCGCCUUCCGCCUCACCAUCCGCAACAUCGAGAUCGCCUCCUCCACCCACAUCGACGGCGGCCUCCCCUGCCUCUCCGGCCGCACCGCCGCCUACCGCACCGUCAUCCUCAAGGACCCCGAGUUUCUCCACGGCUUCACACACGACUACUGGCUCGGCAAGUACCACCUCAACUCGGGCGACGACAAGUUCCUCACCCGCUGGAUGGUCACCCACGGCUGGAGCACCUACGUCCAGUGCUGCAAGGAGGCAGAGCUCCUCAGCACCAUGAAGCCAAACUGGCGCUUCCUCAAGCAAGUCCUCCGCUGGACACGCAACACGUGGCGCUCCGACCUCCGCUCGCUCUUCAUGGAGAGGCAGAUCUGGACCUCGCAUCCCUACGUCGCGUAUACCAUGGUUGACAAGCUCUUCAACCCCUUUACCCUUCUCGCGGGCCCGGGCCUGGUCGCCUACGUCGUCUACAAGAGCACGAUACCCACAGACCAAGGCGGCUUCCACCUGCCGUGGUGGAACGUCGUCAUCUGUUACGUCGUGUGGCUCACCGCAACGCGCACCUUGAAGCUCCUCCCGCACCUGUGGAACCGCCCACAGGACGUGAUCUACGUCCCCGCGUUCAUCCUGUUCGGGUACUACUUCGCGAUCAUGAAGAUCUACGCCCUGUUCACCCUCCACGAGACCGGCUGGGGCACCCGCGCGGGCAUCGGCGAUCCGUCGACCGCUAUGGCUGCGGCGGACGACAAGGACAAGCCGUCCGAGACGAUGCACGACCUCAAGGGCCCGUCGUCGUCGCCUCCGCCGCAGCGCUACCACGACAUGCCGGCGCCGGCGCCGCAGUACGCGCAGCAGAUGGAGAUGCAGACCGGGUUCGCGCGGUGAGGCCAGAGGACAGAGCCCGAGAGAGAGAGAGGAAGACACGGCGCGCGAAGGACGAUAGGACGAUGCCAGCUGGGUUUCGUCCGUUUGUGUUUGUGUUUUUUUUUUCUCGUAGAGUGCCCGAGGAGGGAGGGAGAGAUGUUUACGAUACGCCACAUACCACCAUCAUUAUACCGUACCCCGCCGAGCACGUCCGAGCACUUGUUUGUGAUUGCAUGGCCGCGCGCCGUCGCCCCUGGGCGGUGCGCCCCCGUCGGGUCCGUGCCUGCCGCCGCAUCACGCAUUCAGUAUAUACAUACCAUCCAUCCAUCCAUCCAUCCCUUUUAUGCCCAUCCAUCUCCAUCUCCAUCUCCAUCCUCAUCUCCAUCUCCAUCCUUGCACAUCUCCACCGUCGCAUCAUAAAAGGCCGUGCCGGUACCUCUCUCUACUAGCACGAGCGGGACUUUCGAUAGCCACAGAUUUAAUGCGUGGGCGGCGGGGUUGGGGCGGGGACGGGGGCGGGGUGGGGUGGGGUGGGGCCGUUGGGCUCGAACGCAUGCGGGACUUUUUCAUGUUCGUUUUGUUUCGGUUUUCCUUUUGUUCUCUCUCUCCUCCGAGUCCUCUGCGUAAUUUUUUUUUUCUGUC